UCUCUCUCUCUCUCUCUCCUCUCAGGUGACCCCGCACCACGGUAGCCACCGCCGCCGCCCGGCCCGGCGCGCUGCGCACUCUUCCCAUGUGGGCCACCAUCUUGAACAGCCUCCAUGACCCGGAAUUCGGCCGGACAUGGGGACGCAUCCAGGGCUUCAUGGACAACAUGUUCUGUAUUGCCACGGAGCCCGGCCCCGAGGGACCGCUUCUACGACACUCGGUCUUCACGGAUAUCCCCUUGCCGGCGGCCGAGCGGAUUUCCGAUGUACACCAGCUGAUCAACGCCGGGCAUUUCGAAGCACUGCACCUUCUUUUCUCGGCCUGCUUCCACAAAAUCGCGGCCGACCAGGCCCGGGCCCUGCAGGCGGUAGUCACCCGGGGAGACACCUACCUGCUGGGGGAGUACUCCAUGCGGUGGAUUGUCUUCUCCACAUGUGCUCGGUCCCUGGAUGCGGCCUUCUCUCAUGUGAAUCUCCUGCUCAAGUCCCACUUGGCCAGCCUCAACCAUAAGGACGUGGCAGCCGGGGGAACAGCCGCCCCGGCGUCCGCAUCCUCUCUGGGCCCGAGUGACCCUGGCCGCGCUGGCCAUCCGCCGCCGUCACAACAGCAUGCCCAUUUACUGGCCAAGUACCGGGCUCUAUCUGCCUCGCCGCGAUCACGGCUAUCCUUGCUAGAGCUUGCACUGCACUCUUGGAGCCGGAAAGUCAUCCAUCCGAUGUGCUUGGAGGAAAAUGGCCCCCUCAUCCGGGCCCUACUGAAUUGCCUGCGCCAACUUCGCGAAGAGGCUGGCUCCUUCACCACGGCGGGCGCCAGCACGCACGCCGGUGUCUCUCCACAGCCCGGCAGCAGUGCCCUCAACCUGAUCGCCAUCAUUGUUCGAUCCCUCCAAUUUGUCGAGCGCCGGCUCUUCAGCGCACAGAAUGCCGGCGGCGAGCUCGAGGACUCGUCCAAGCUCGGCGACAACCCGCGCUCCGUCUUCCGGAACUGCUUUGUCGAGCCGUUCCUCCGGCAGACGGCCAGCUACUACAGCUCCAAGUCGACGGAAAUGCUUCGGCAGUGCGAGUUGUCCGGGGCUCGGCCUGGCAUGUCCGCCGGCACCCUUCCCUUUGGACGCUACGUCGAGACGGUCGAGGCAUGCCUGGAAUUCGAGGCCAAAAACGCCGAGGUCUUCCUGGAUACCUUCGCUCUCGCUCGGCUGCUGGCCCAAGUCCGGCAGAGCCUCGUGGGGGACCAUCUGCGGCUGUUUUCCUCCGAGGCCGAGGCCCUCAUCCGGCAGAAUGCCACAACCGAGCUAUCCAAGAUUUACCACCUGGUCAGCUUUGUGCCCGAGGGCUUGACCUCCUUCCAGACUACCUUGCAGGCGCACAUCACCCAAGAGGCUCGAGCCAUCGAGCCGGGCAACACGGCCAAGACCACCUUCUCCUAUGUUCUUGACAUGUGUCGCCUGCUGCUGAGCCAUCGGUCACGCGUGCGCAUCCUCUUCGAUGAUGAGCCGCUGUUCACGGCUUCCAUUGACAAGGCCUUUCGAGAGGUCCUCAAUGACCCGGAGCACCACCUGAUACCCUUCUAUCGGCAGCUGGCCUUUGCCAUGCACCUGAUCGCCUUCUCCUUCGCCGGCUGGGAGCUGUCCAGUAUCGCCCCUCGAGGGAUGAUGCUCUCCCUCAAGCUGACCGAGGACUGCCACCUGGGGCGCUUUCAGCCACGCGAGGACAAUGACGCCAUUCAGAAUGUCCAGGCCGCCACGACGCUUCUCUUCAAAUUCCUCAGCAACAAGUCCCACUUCCGGCAAUGCUACAUCGGGUACCUGAACCACCGGCUCAUGUUCCUGCACAAUGUGCUGUCCUUCUUCCGAGCGGACAAGCUCCUGCGCAAUCCCCUGCCGGACAUGGAGCGUGUGCUGGCCCUGUGGAAUGCGCAGAUGGCUUUCGAGAGCCGGUACCUCAACAUCCUUGGGCUCCUGUGUGGGCGCAACUACAUCUACCCCAUGCGGCGAAUGCUCGGCGACGCGGGACAAUCCUUCACCCUGAACAAGCAGAUGCUCUCGCUGCGCGGAGCGGCGGCAUACCAGCCGCGCGAUGGCCAGCCCCCACCGCCGGUGCUCCAUGUGCUCGUGUGCAACCGUUUCUUCUGGCCGAUGGUCCCGGGCCGAGCCAACUCCUCGAUUGCCCCGUCGACCACCGGCGUGAGCGACACCUUUGGCUUUCCCCUGACACCGAGCAUCCAAGCACGCUCUGGCCUGUCGCCCGGGCCGCUGGAUGGCCCGCGGCCGACGACGCUGCAGCUGCCGGCCGAGCUGCUUGGUGUGGUCCUUCACUUCGAGACGGAGUAUGUGUCACGGUUCCCCGGGCGGCGGCUCACCUGGCUGCAUGACGCCGGGCGCGCGUGCCUGCGCAUGACCUCCCCCCGGCUGCCGGCCCCGGUGGAGGUGUACGCCACCGCGCACCAGGCCUUGAUCCUUCGCCUGCUGACGAUCUGGGGCCCGGCCUCGGUGGGACACUUCAUGGAGCAUGCGGGGCUGCAAGACCCCCUGCAGUUCCUCCUCCAGGUAGGCCCCCUCUGCCAGGCGGGGCUAAUCCUUUUGCAAGGCCCGCCUCCCCAGCAGGCGGACGUGUGCCUGUGGGAUUUGGGACCGGACCUAGUGCUGGAUUUGAAUCCGGCCUAUCAUCCCAGCACCGAGGAGGACAUCGCCUUUUUCCCGAUGCGACGCGCCACCCUCGAGGAUCCGGCCUACCGGGGCAAUGGCUUCCUCUUUGCGGACACGCCCGCCAGCGGGGUCGCCAACAUGCAGGCAGCCCCCGCCGGGAGCCGGCUCCACACCCAAGGCGCCGACCCGACGGCCGGCUAUCUGCCCGCCCCGGCGGCCCCGGCGCUGGAGCUCAACAUCAACCUGCUGGCCAGCCUGGCCGGGCUGGAGGAGGUGUCCGAGCUGGACCUCCAGAUGGGGGCCACAGUCGACUCGGAGGCCGGCCGGUCGAUGUCGAUGGAGGACGACCUGUCGACCCUGCCCUCCGGCGGCUCGGGGUCCGCCUCCAGCGAGGGGGCCGACCAUUCGAGCGUGUCCUUCCGGCCCAUGUCCACGGUUUCGUCGACCGCCUCCUCGGGGGCGUCCUCGGGCAGCGGCACUGCCCCAGGCCCGGGGGCCGUGGACCAGUUGUCCCUGGCAUCGACUUUGGCCAGGGCGGCGGCCGCGGCCGCGGCCACGGCCUCCGGCGCCGGCCAGGCCACCGGCAGCCCGUCGCGGCCCUUCCCCGGGCCCAACGCCAGCCCGCCCGGCGCCGCCAGCGCCCCGCCCGCACCCGCGGCCCACUCGGCUGCCACGUCCCCGGCGCCGGGGCAAUUGCCUGGUGCCUCGGCCGGGGCCAUGGCCACCACGGCCCCGCCGCUGGUCAAUGGCUCUCGCGGCUGGCGCCGACAAUUCUACCAAGCCACGGCGGUGCGCAUCAUGAAGAUCACCCGCCAGGUGCCCAGUGUGGCGGCCUUGCGGGACAUGAUUGCCAACUGGCAGCAAUUGAAGUUCCCGCAAAUCCGCCCCCCCACCAAGGACGAGGUGGCCUCGGUGGUGGACUACCUCGUGGACUUGGACUAUGUGACCCGCACGCCGGAUGGCCAGCUGGCGUACUUGCCCUGAGGGGGUGGAGCCCCUCCGGGCCACAAGCAGAGGCCCAUCGCCCGCUCGCGCCCCCUGGACAUCCGCCCGUCCCCCUCCGGUUUUUGCUCUCGCUCUCCCUCCCGCCCUGUCUCCCCCCCCUCCCGCCAACACAAUAUACGGUGGGCACCGGCUGCGCCAAAUCCAGUGGCCG